UCACCCAGUUCAAGCUCUGAUCCACUGCAGUUUUAUGACUCGGGUGUUGUUGCACAGGUUUCACGAAGCUUCUGAGCGAUACUACCUUCUGUGGCUUGGCUCUCUUCAAAAAGACAUGUGCAAGCACGUGGCCAGUCCUGCGUGAAUUCUCAAAGGAAAUGGGAUAAUCGUGAGCAGUGUCAAAUUGUGGUUUAAAGGACUGCGCAUACAAGCGGUUGUUUUGCCAGUGGACACGGCGGAUUCUUUUAAUGCUGAAGAAGAGUACACUGCACCGCCCCUCCGGGACAUUUACGACCCGUGUAAUGGUCCUUGAUCAAACAGCGUCUAUCCUCGGCAUUUACAUCAACCACCGUUGCACCACAACCACAGGGGGAAGGAGUCGAGCGAUCGCCCCGCUUGCCCACCGACACCUCACAUGCCUGUUCGGUUUGAUUCCGUGCACAGUAAAGGCGACAUUUCCACCUUCAGGCUAUAUCUUAUCUUGUUCCAAAUUAGACCAUAUUAGGGUAACAUAGAUCGUUAAUGAUCUACGAUCAUUUAAACAGAAUCAGCUUGAGUAGGGCCCAAAGUCCGAGGGCUCAACUUUAGGCUGCGUUGGAAAGUUAUACGCGGGUAGGUCCGUUGCCUAGUGGGCCAGAGUAAAGCGAUCAAGAAGUCUGGGGUACCAUGAAAUACAUGAAAAAUGCAUAGUACAUGCAUCAAGCACACGGUAUCAAUGUCCCCAUGAAUGAAUUAUCUGUUAAUAGUUUGCUGGGAGCUAGCCUGAUCGAGUCUUAAGCUUCACCCUCGUUACAUUUGAGGGGUUAGUGAGCAGCAAAUAACCCUGCUUUUUCAGCUUUCGAUUGCUUUUGUGCUUUCAUGAACAAUCCCAACAAAUCUGGAAGAUCUCUUCGGCAAGGCUUUUCUUCAGAAAUUAACUUUGGAUUGUGAUCUUUUAACGGGCAUUUCUGAUGUCUUUGUAUGAAGUACUCUGCACUCUUUAAUUUUAAGCAUGCUCCGAUGAGAAAGGGAAGCAAUUUCGACCACAGUGUCGUCUCGAAAAGGCAUAUUUUACGGACGUUUGUUGCCUAUAAAUGGCCUACACCUGGCCUCUUUCGGUGGAUCAUCAAAUCAGUCAAACUGAUUUCGCAUUUAUUAGAUCUAAAUUGUGCAAAAUCAUCUUUCUCGCUGGACCAAGAAUGAGUGUUAUUCGUUUGCUGCUUCCCCACCAUUUUACUAGUUUAAUUAGACGCAUUUAUCCGAAUUGCAAAUACUUAAAAGAGAAUAUCAGUUUUGUCUUUUCAUUUGGAACUUGAAAGAAGGGUGUAAUAGAGCUGCAAUUAAGCAGUAUACAAGGCCCCUUAUAGGUGUCGUAAAGCACGUGUAAUCCAAAAAAAAGUUGUCCUAAAUUUUCAAAUAUGGCGACGGGAGUCGUAGUUGAGAUUUUGGAGUGUUUUUUUUUUUCAAAGAUAAUUAUUGCGUUAAAAAAUUCAAGUUGGAACUCUGCUUUGACUUUUCUCAAUACUUUCUUCGGUACAUGAAUAUACAAAAUGAAAAACGUCUCCAUCACUGUAGGAUAGCCUGGAGAAUCUGUGUACCCUUCCUUCCGCAACCAUUGUCAACGUACCACACUUGUGACUAUAUUAGUACACAGCUAGUGCGUGGUCCAUACUCAGUGAGCCAAUGAGGUGCCGAGCUUGACAAAACUGGUGCCAAAGUUCCUCGGUCACUUACUCGCUGUACAUAAUUACGGCCGCAGUUGGUAACCCUCACAACCGGCGCAUGUGUUUAGUGGAGCUGCUCGUUUUCGGAUACCAGCCAGGACGGAUGGCGUAAUCUCUUUGGCACAUCCAUCCGCGUUUUGGAUGUUGGUGGCGUUUAGGCCAUGGACGGUGCAUCACCGUGGACUUCACGGCCGGUGACUUGCCUGUAUAAAUUACGUGUCAGCGGUGCGCGUCGUGUACUCGGUGUACACACACUUGUAGCGUAAACUUUUCGAGUCCUCCACGGGGCAAGCAGUCUCCACGCAAGCCUGAGUACUAACCGGGCUGGACCAUCGGUUUCCACGAGCAAGGCUACCUUGUCAGCGUUACGCAACCAAAGGUGGGCUUUUGCGACCCGACGAGCCUGACCAGAUAUGAGUGGACUGUCUCUCUGAAAACCCCACUGUCCGUCCGUUUCAAGUCCAGUUGACGUCCAGCCAUCUAGCUAUCGCCGGUUAUCGCUCUAUCAGUCAUCCAACCAAUUCAUGUGUUCAUUUUCCUCGAGGCUAAUCUUGCACUGCCCAGUUCUCCCCAGUUGCCAGCCCCAACCGAUUUGAUUCUACGAAGGUGCUUCGCUAGCCUUAUGGAUGUUCAUGGAACAAAGUGACCCCGCCUGGCCCCACCCAGGAGCACUGAAUAGGUCUCCGUACGCCGACACCCAGCAGCGACAGCUCCAGCGGUUAGCCGCCUCGGAGAGAGCCGACAGCGCCAGCGAGACCUCCGGGAGUGAGUCCCGCGGCUCCAGCGAGGAAGAGGCCGAUCGCAGCCCCGGUUCGUCUGUCUCCUCCAGAGUCGAUCGCCGCUCGGUCGGUAGCGCCUGCACCUCCCACCACACCCCUUCGCCGCCUGCUACCGCAGCCUCCUCUCCGCCCCAGCACCUUGUCUCCCCUCACCUCCUGAGCGGCGGCGUCGCCUCCAGUAAUAACGCUGAGUUGUACCGAGGCGCCUCCGCCUGCCUGGCCGAGCCCUCCCAGCUCCUGCAGAGCGAAGACGUGGAGGUGUUCUUCAAUCACCUGGACCGACAACCCUCUCCGAACUCUCGCCAGCACCAGUCUCACCACCAGUGCCUCCCAAGCGAAGGUGGCCUUCCAGAAGCUCCCCAGCAACCCAGUCUGAACCCUCACCCCCACCAGGACCAGUUCAACCCUUCCAUGAUGUACCAGUCGCCAAUGACAAACCUUCCCAGCGUAAGCGCUGGGGGCAUCCAGCAUUCUUACGACAACUCCUUCCUGCAUUCGGCCGGUAGUCCUGUCUACGUGCCAACCACGCGCCCGGCUGUGCUAUCGAUGCCCCACGCCCACUCUCAGUACCUGCAGGCCGCCGCUCCUACUGGUUCCCCUCAGCAGGCCAUGCAAGGCAAUACCCACCCAGCUGCCGCGGCCGUCUGGAGCCAGCAAUCGGAGGCUGGGUACACCGCCACCACCACCUCUCACCCGUCCGUGGGUCAGCGGUUCGCCUUCCCGCCAAGUCCGCCGAUUACCUCUACUGGGAGUCCCCUGACUGCCCGACAUGCCUCCACGGCACACAACGGCCUGGGAGCGUACUACGUCAGCCCAGAGAUCGCCUCCUGGUCAGCCCCCUUCGACAGUUCUGUAGCACUCCAUCCAAACAUGAUCACAAGACGCCCAAGUCCAGAGAAUGACAUGUGGACGCAGGACUUCGGAAUCGGGAGGGAGUGCGUCAACUGUGGGGCUAUCUCCACCCCUCUAUGGCGGCGGGACGGGACUGGCCACUACCUCUGCAAUGCCUGUGGGCUGUACCACAAAAUGAACGGGAUGAGCCGGCCGCUCAUCAAGCCCCAGCGACGCCUGGACGAGUUGGGCGAUCUUUGCGACGAGAAGGGGCCAGAGUUGGGCAUGGAAAGCCUGGAGCCGUCCAUCCUGCGCUAUAAGGACCGGCGCUGGAAACCGCAAUCCGGUUCGCGUCGCGAAGGGAUCGUCUGUGCCAACUGCCACACCAACACUACAACCCUUUGGCGGAGGAAUAAAGACGGUGAACCGGUCUGCAACGCAUGCGGUCUGUACUACAAACUGCACGGCGUAAACCGCCCUCUGGCGAUGAAGAAGGACGGCAUCCAGACGCGCAAGCGCAAACCCAAGGGCUCAUCCAAGCAACAGCAGCAGCAGGUGAACGGCCAGCAGCAGUCGGCGACGCCCAAAUCGCCCAAGGACCCGCACAACGCGCAAAUCGGCACGGCGCUGCCACCAACGUCUAUGCACAGCCCAUCAAUUAAGAUGGAGCCCCAUUUCAACUAUGGCAUGCAUCCCUCCUUGCCCGGUCACAUGUCCCUCUCGGGGCUGGCCAACUCGCCCCGUCUCCAGACUUCCCAUACCCCGCACCACCUCGACCCGGCCGGCACACCGGUCAGCGGCAACAAUGGCAGCGGCGGCCACGCGGGCCGAUUGCUGUCCAACGGGAGCUCGGCCGGCCACAGCCCGCUGAACCUGGUCAGCCCCGGCGGCGCUGGUGGCUCGGAGCACGCGGCCAGCAUUCAGACUACUACCAAUGUGGUAGCUCAGGCGGCGGCCCACACGCUUUUCGCUCCCGGCGUGAACCCGUCGCCUCCCACUGCGGUGGCGGUGUCGUUAGACAGCGGUAGCAUCACCUCGGCUGUGUCCUCAGAGUAGCAAAUAAAAGGGAAAAAACAACAACAACAACAACAACAACAACAACGAAUCGACGACCUUUUAAAAACGGCUGCCUUUGUUUUCUUGAUUUAGCUUUGCAGCAGGAAUUCCUUCUUAUGAUCUUGCGAUUGUGUGAUCACAAAUUGCCAACGACAGUCGCUCCCAAAUUAAUUGCAUCUCAACAGUUUAAUAAAGCGAAAGUCGUAUACCUCAGUCGGUUUUCAGUAGUUCUGAAAGUAUAAACCAGUCGAAAAUAACUUUAAAACACGAACAAAAGUCAGUUCUUAAAUUUAUGGUCUUUGUUUCCCACCCAGUCCAUGUACAUUUAUCUAAGCUGCACAUUUAAUGCCAAAAAUACACCAAUGUACCACUUACUAUCAUAUUUAAAUAAAGUUGAUAUACGUGUACCUGUAUAUGUAUUUUUCUUGAUGCAUCUUUGAAGGACUGUUGGGACAGUUUUGUGGAAAUGAUAAUGUUGUUCUAAGUGGGAAUGUUUUUAACAGAAGUUGGCAGCUGAAUGGAGGAGAUUCGAUGAUUAUUUUAGGUCAAAAAAGUUAUAUAAAUAAUAUAUAAUGAAAGUAAUCGUAGUAAGUACUAAUUUAACACCCUCCUGCAAAGCCAAGUGCCUUGAGUAUGGUCGAGUGAUGGCGCCCUACCAUACAGCUGGAUAGGCAAAAAGUUUUUGCCAUUGUACAGUUUGCGCAGCAGAACACUACCAAAGAACAAGUACUGUAAAGAAUAAAUGAUUGCUUAGUCUUGAAAGAGUCGAGGGAUUAAUUAACAGACCAAAGACCAAAGAGGCCGCAAAGCAUGUGGUUGUAAAUAUUCGUUGUACAUCGUUAAUCCUGUUUUCUUAUCUCUCUUUUUACACAUCUCGGCAUGAUGACACGUGAUGUCGGUCCUUGUGGAACGAAGAACAAUAUAACUGGUGAAAUGUUCAGAAUUUUUCAUUUUUAACUUUUCUCUGUUCACCUUUUUACCGUUUAUCUUAACCUUCCUGUUUUUAAUCACUGCCGACUUACACAGUUAUAAAAAUCAAUGAGAAUAUUACAAGUCGUUAUCUUAACUCUUUUUUUCCCGUAAACUUUAAUUCCGUCGGCACUAUCGGAGAAGCAACAUUUCCCUCUGUAAACAGUUUAUCUGUAUAACGUAGGCCUAUACAGUUGGCUUAAAACAAUAGCAAUAUAAAUUUUAUUGUAAAAUAAAGAUAAAUGAUGCCUUCGUUUUAACUAUUAUUUUUCUCAUUUAACUUUGAAUGUACAGGGCAGGCAAUCGGUUUUGUAGUUUAAACUUCAUUGAAAAAGAACCGUUUUUGCUUGGACCCUUUUUUCUUGCAAGUGACGAAUGUACGCUUUUACAUAUAACUUUAACGCACUCAUAAAUAGAACAUUUUGAAUUGCCUUUUUGCCAUUGAAAACUUUCUAAUCAGUACAGCUCACUGCAUCGUAAUUGGUUUUUUUUGUUCUUUAAUUGUGCCGUAGAAAAUGUAAUCACUCUUGCCGAAUUACUACUAGAUCAGAAGAGCAGUCAACACUGACUCUUGUUCUUGCGAGUUUUCGACUGUGCAAUUUUAAAUUAUGGAUCCACGGUAUGUUUAAUGUAACAAUUUUUGUUUCAUUGUGGGCAGUGGACGUUGAUUGAUUUGUCCAGCUUGUGUUCUGACAUUUACCAAUCGGAAGCUAACGUUGCGAGGGCCGAUGGCUGUUUGGUUUGGGGGUUUUUUUGGCCCAGUAAAUAGAUCAAAGGAAAUCGCCUAAAGGCUGUUUGUUGGAUAUUUAUUACCCAACUGAGAUGAAUCUGUUAUUACGUGGGCAAACUCAUUUUACUCAGCAGUAGUAGAUCAUGUUAAUUAUUCAAUCCUUUUUUUUAGCUAUUGCCAUGAUCGUUUUGCCCAACAGUUAAGCGAUUCACCUGCUACCAAGGUUGACCCCAAAGCGUGUUUACAGUACGUAUUUUGAGUACACGCAUUAAUUUCACGCACUCCCCAUUACAACCCCAAUUCUGCUUUGCUUUAUAUUAUUUUGUAUAUAAAAACACUUAAACAAGCAUACGCUUAGUGCUAGCGUUUGAUAAACCUCCUCACCUUUGAACACGUAAUGGGAAAAUGCUGUACUUUAUUGGUCCGGGACAACGAUUGGCAUUAUUUGCAACACCAAGCAGGGGAUCUCUUCGGGUCGCAUGGGUGUCAUUUUACAAUUGUGUGAGGCUUUUAAUUGGAUGACCAAAUCACUUUCGAAUACGUCUUUUGUUGAGCGUUUUGUUCGAAGUGAAAUUUCGGUAAUUUUUGCUUUGUGGUAAUGAUGCAUAUUAAACGAAGGUUCACAAAUUAAUUACUUAUUGAUAUUUGUUAAAAGUAAGUUACGCUCCACUAUCAUGUACUUGUGUAAAAGAAAACCGCAAAAACUCUGUGCCUGACUAUACCUAAUUUUGUUUUCCCUGUACAGAAAGAUAAAUCAGUAAAUAACUCAAGCAGAACAAUUCCACUGAUGAACCUGUACAUAGUUGAUGCCAGUAUGUAUCUGCUCCAAGUCUAGAUAGGGCCUAUGCAAUUUCAAUUUGUAGCGGAGAUCACUUUAAAAUAUGUCACACGGGAUCAAACAUCAAAAACUUCAUUUGAAAACAUGCUAAUGGAUACCUGGGCUUCAGCUGAUUCGGCCAAUGCAUAUUUGGCAUGUAGAAAGUAUAAAUAUGAAUUGUAGGUGUAAUGUAUUUGAUUUUUGUCGGUCGGGAGUACCUUGCGUCACAAAGCGGUACUCAAACCGACGUCUCUGAUGCGGUGCUCUUUAUUACGUUCUCGAAAUUCGGUACAAUCCAUCGUUACGGUAUUUAAUCAUUUUCACCAAUAAAGUAUUGACAACAAUAAAUAUAUGAUGAAUAAUUCA